GGUGGUUUGGCGCCAGCAGAUUUCGCGGCAUAGCAGCACAACGAGUGGCGUACCUGAAGACGGAGGAACAAGCCCUUGACGUUAAAGGCUGCAUCCACAGGUGCACACGCCCAGAAGAGGAGCUUGGUGGCCGGUGAGGUGGACAGAAGCGAGCCGCACUGAGCUGUGCGCCUCCCGGCUUGGAUGGUCUAUUUCUGUCUGACAUCUCGGAGGAGGUGAGUAAGAAUGAUGGCGGCGGCUGGACCUCCCAGCACCUCCAGCUUCCUUCCUCUGUUGGAGACUCUGGAAGACGGCGCUGCUGGACAGUCGGAGCAGACGGACGCCUACCUCACCAUCGCUAAUCGGCUCAGCGGAGAGGAAGGACGGCAGUUUCUUCCCGCUGUGGAAAAGCACUUUUCCCGUUUGGGUAGAGCCAUCCUGGCCCACGUCAGCAGCCCGAACGCGGAGCUGAGCCAGGCCGCCCUGCAGGCUUUAGGCUUCUGUGUGUAUCACUCCCACAUCGUAUCCGGACUCUCUGAUGUCUUUGCAGCCGAAAUCCUGCUGGCUCUUUGCUCCCUGGUGACCAAUUCCACCGACAAGAACACCUGCACCAGAGCCCUGUGGGUCGUCUCCAAGCAGAGCUUUUCUCCAGAUGUAGUCGCCAAAAACGUCCCGACGGUGCUGAGUUCUCUGGAGAGCGUCUGGACCCGACAGGACGUCCAGUCUGUGGUGAUGGAGCACGAAGCCUUGAACGUGGUCAUCAGGAUGCUGGAACAGGUUCCGGCCCAGAUGGGCGACGGAGCGGUGCGGUGGGCGAAGCUGGUCGUCCCGCUGGUGGUCCACUCUGCGUCCAAGGUUCGUCUGCGGGCCGCGGCCGCCAUGGAGAUGGGGAUGCCUCUGCUGCUGGCCAAACAGGCGCAGGUGGCGGCCGUCAUCGAGCCCAUGAUGUCGCCGAAACUGAUCCCAGAGCUGCAGAAACUCUUCAUGUCCAAGAACGAGACCAACGUCCUGAAGCUGUGGCCGCUGUUCAUCAAGCUGCUGGGGAAGCUGCUGCACAAAGGAGGUCCCUUCAUCAACUCUCUGCUUCAUCUGGAGGAACUUGGCUUCCGCAGCUCGUCUCCCACCAUCAAGAAGAUCGCCUUCAUCGCCUGGAAGAGCCUCAUCGAUAACUUUGCUCUCAAUCCAGACAUUCUGUGCAGCGCCAAGCGGAUGAAGCUCCUGAUGCAGCCGCUGGUCUCCAUCAGCGUCAGGACGGAGGCGCUGCUCCUCACCAAGGUGGAGGUGUGGUGGUACCUGGUGGUGCAGCUGGGGUCCAACCUGUCAUCCAAUUUCGAUCAGGUUUCUGUACCUCUGCUCCAGACCACCAUGGGAUCAGACUCCUCCUCGGUCCCCGGCACUCCUUCUCGAACCAUCACUCAAAACGGAUCCAUUGCACCAAGCACGCCAAAGUCCGCAGGCAGUUCGAGCUUCAACACCUCCAGCAACACUCCCCGGGUUAGCCUGAACUCCAGCAUGCAUGCUCCCUCCACCUUCCCCUCCAUCCAGCUGCUGGGCCUGGAGAUGCUGCUGCACUACCUUCUGGGACCGGAGGUGGUUGCCAUGGCAGCAAAGAACGAACUGGUGCUGAGUCUGGAGCCGCUGAAGCAGCCGCUCCUCUCCGGGUCUUCGUCCUUCACCAAACACGCCGCCGUUCUCAUCUCCAGCAUCAGAGACGGGUUCGUCCACGUGGGCAGAGAUGCUCCAGAGCCUCUUCAGACCGCCAUCUGGACAAAUCUGGUCCGCUUCGUCAGCUUGACCGUCGAGUCCGCAGGUGGUAAGAAGGACCGGCAGGGCUGUGAAGUUCUGACUCUGAUGCUUCAGGCUCUGCAGAGCAUCGUCUCCUCAGAGGUUCUGCCUGCAGACAGAGUUCUGCUCCUGUUUGAGGCCACCGUGAAGGGAAUCCCUCAGAGAGUUCUGGGUUCUGCUUCCUACCAAGUGGGAAAGAUGGACGUGCUGAAUGGAACUCCGGCUCUGUUCCUCAUCCUCCUCCUCUUCAACAGCAGCAUGCUGCCGGCUUACCUGCAGGAUGAGAGGUUCUUCCACUGUCUCCAUACGCUGGUGGGUUGCGGCCUGUCAGGGCCCGCCUCCCCUUUGGCGUUUGCGGAGGCGGUCCUGGGCGCCGUCGGCCGCAGCGCCGGGUCUCUGCAGGACAAGGAGCAGCUGUGGAGGAUGUGGAGCUUGAUAGUCGGUCCGCUCACCGACACCAUCACACAGUCCAACGAGGUGAACCAGGGCGACUCUCUGGAGCACAACUUCAGCGCUGUGCACUCGGCUCUGAUGUUCCCCGUCACGCACCUCCUCCGCGGCUCGUCGCUCCCUCAGGCGUCCCAGAAGGCGAUGCUGUCGUCAUGGUCCAAGCUCUACAAGGUGUUCGCCCGCUGCUCCGCUCUGGUGGUGACGGCUGAGGAGAACGUCUGCUGCGAGGAGCUCUGCGCGAAGAUGGUGGCGGCGGUGGACCGGGAGGUGCUGGCGGUUCCUGCGACGCUGAACGCCGUCUCCGGUUUCCUGCAUGUCAUGGUGGACUGCGUGGACUUCUCUCCGUACACGCCGCACUCCCAGCAAAAGCUGAAAUCUCCUCACACUCCUGUAAACUGGGCCCGGAAGCGGAACAAGGCCCUGGGGAACCUGGUCACCUUCCAGUCCCUGCUGGUGGACUGUUUCCAGGUGUAUCUGGAGGCCCCGGACGCUCAUUCUGAGGCCACGGGCUCAGCUCUGCUCUCCAUCCUAAUGGCUCUCUUCUCCAACCUGGUCCUGAACAGCGCCGUCCAGGAGGUCCUGACGGUUCUGGUCCGACCUCUGACGCUGCUCUACAAACACGCCGCCAGCGAGACGUCCAGAUUCAGCUCCUCGCUGCAGGAGAAGCUGGAGAAGCUUCUGGGCGACGUCCUCAGCUGCCUGCAGACGCGCUCCACGCUGGCCUUCAACGACGAGCUGCUGGCGCUGAUGGAGCCGCUGCUCUGCGUGCUGUUUCCUCACAGAAACAAGCAUCUGCGCUCGGCGGUCACACAGUUCUGGAACGCCACCUUCGGCAACGCCGUCAGCCUGACGUACCCCGAGGAGAUCAGGCUGGUUCUGAGCCAGGUCAAACAGAAGAUUCCCAUCAUCCUUCCCGGCUUCCAGGCCGUCGGCGUUCCAGGCGAGCUGAGCGAACAGUACUCAAGCGAGAGUUCGGAGCUGGAGACGAAGCUCAGCGGGAUGCCCAUUUCCUCUGCUGGGAAGAGGGAGUCGCUGCUGGGAAAAACUGCCGAGCUGAGCUCCAUGAAAACCUCCAAACCGGUUUCCACUAAGCUGGACUUCAGUUCUCCUAAACCACCUCGUCGGGAGAUCCUGGAGGAAGAGGCUUCCAUCGACUUCGUCUUCAUCCCUCCUGAGACGAAGGAGCGGGUUCUGACCGAGCACCAGAAGGAGGUGAAAAGAACUAAAAGGGUGGACAUUCCCGCCAUGUACAACAACCUGGACGCCUCUUUGGACACGUCUGUGUUCAUCCAGUUCACCCAGAGCCAAGACGACACAUCGGACAAAACUCCAACUGAACCGACCAGUGAUGAUCCCAAACAGGCUCUGGAUGAGGUUACUCAGAGAGACGAGGGAAAGGAUGAAGACACUCAGGAGUACGCCAGCCCGAAAGACGUUGAGACCGCAAAUGUCCCAGAAGAGGAAACACACCCCGACGUAGCAGCUGUUUCCAUGGAUACAAAGACUGAUGGGGGAGCAGAAGACGGAACCAGUCCGAACGUCUCCACAUCUUCAGAUCUGGUUUCAGGGACUCCUCAGAAGCCCAGCAGUCGCCGUCAGUCCUUCAUCACCCUGGAGACGUACACUGAGGGAAAACCCGCCAGCCCCAGCAGCUCAUCCUCCUUCACCGGUCCUCUUCUAAAACCAUCGAACGCCAAGAAGACAUCCCCCAGUGGCCUAAACUCUCAGGAUUCUCCACAGAUAAAAAAAACAAGUCCAGAGCAUCCUGUGAGCGGGACCCCCGAGUCCCCCCGAAGGCCUAAAGACUCGACGAAAAGCGAGCCCGUACGGCUGAUCGAGAAGCUGCCGACUGAAUCGAUGGAGGAGGAAGACGUCAUUCCCGACACGCAGGCGGGAGCGGAGGAGAAGCCCAACACUGCGCCGCUGGGAGAGAAACCUACCGCACGGGGAGAGGAAUCUGAGCCAGCCAUGGAGGCUUCCCAGUCUUCUCCAGAUGAGCCCAGACGGUCCGGACGCCAAAGAGUCCGACCGCUUCUCCCAGGAGAGGAUCCUGAAGACCGGCAAGAGAAGUACAGGCAGCUCAAACAGAGACGCUCUGGGGAAGAUCCCAAAAACGAAUCCGCAAAGACGCCGCAGAGUCGGCCAAACACGAGGAGUCUGCUGGCCGCCGAGGAGAGCGCCGGCAGGGACCGGCUCCGAUCCAGAUCCAGAAACUCGAGCGAGUCAAGCCAAACUAGUUCUCAGGGAAGACCUCGGAAGAAGAUGAAACUGUUCAGCAGUUUGGAGGACUUUCUGGACAAACCCGAACGGAAGCGGAGAAGCACCAGUGACCGGGAAAACAGCCAGACAGACUUUAAGUCCGACACACAGUCUGACAGCGAGAGUCAGUCGCCAAGGAGACGCGGUCGACCACGUAAAUCAGCGCUGGAAAUGGAAGAGAAACACACGUCCAGACAGGAGGGCGGAGCCUCUAAGACCGUCACACCUUCUCCUCAAACUGGAAGCAAAUCCCAGGAGACCGAGGCUGAAGAAAAGAAGGAAGAAGACAAAAAGCCGAAGGAUGAGCAAGACGUCCAAGCUUCUUCACAAACUGAAGACAUGCCCCAACAAAACAGCCCUCAGUUGGACAUGUCCGCUCUAGCCGAGUCCAAAGAUGGAUCGACGAACAAAGUGCAGAGUGAGACAAUUAAAGAUAAAGAUGUUGCCAUGGAAGCGGACGAUGAGAACAUCAGCCGGGAGGACUCUCAGACCACACCGGCUUCUGACAGCCAGACAACACGUAGAUCCAGGCGAAGCAAAACUCCCUCUGAGGCAACAGAGUCUGAGCACAACACGGAGGCUGUUGGGCUGCGGAGACGGUCCCAGUCUUCAACUCCGGUCCUCGGUCAGACUGAGGCUGGAUCUGGAGGCAGAACCAGGAGAAGCAAGGUCCAAGAGGAGCUGUCAAGAUCCAGUCCCAGCACGACCCCCAAUGCAUCACAGUCUUUAGAUGUUUCCGGAUCAGAGUCCCCCAAAGGUCGAGGUAGAUAUUCUAGACGAGGAUCCUCCCUGGCAUCAGCAGCUGCCGUGGAGUCCUCGGAGUCUGAAUCCUCCGAAGUCCAAGGGAUUUCCAUCAUUCCCAAAAGAAGAGGAAGGAAGCCUCGGUUGUCUCUGCAGAGUCCACAUGGAUCUCAGACGAAUGAUGCUUCCCAGAAGGCUGAAAGUCAGAGCUUAGAGGAGUCGUCAGAAACCAGAGACUUGGGAGAGUCGCAGGAAGUUUCUGGAAAUGUGGAGGAAGAAAGAAACGCUGUUGUUUCCUUGGAGAGGCAUCAGGGCGACGAGUCGCCAAGCAACACAGAGCAAAGACACACUAAAACAAAUGUGGAAAAACCAGAAGCAGGUCAGGACUGGUGUCCGUCUGCUGGGGACUCCACGGCGCCUCUCAAUGAGACCACAGAGACACCGGAAGUCUCAAAGCCGUCGGAGGACAAAGACGAGAAUGUGGUCACAGAAAAACGGACUCUGGAAUCUGAUUCGGACCAUCAAGAAGUUCCAGAGGAGGAUACAGCUGAAGAGGACGGGAUGAAGCUUCCACAAGACUCCGGAGAGCAGCUUCCAGAUUUCAGAGCUGAGGAAGACACUGCAGCUCUACAGGAGGAUGAAGAAGACAAUAAAACAAUGGAGGAUGACGCUAAGCAAACAGAAGCUGCUCCUGGGUCCUCAGAACCUCCGAUCCAAGUAUCUCCAGUGAAGCUUAUGGAUCAGGUGGCCUCAACGGGGCUGGAGGUCGGGCAAAGCCCCAGCGAUGGACGGACCAAAGGAACCUGGUCUCCCUCGGCUUCACCCUCCUCCAGCAUCCUGAAGAAGGCCCAGAAGAGGCAGCUGGAGGUGGAGACUACCUCCCCUCUGGUCAAAUCCCGCCGCGUCUCCUUUGCCAGUCCGAUCCAGCGUCAGGAGAUAGCGGAUGACAUCGACCGUCGCAGCCUGUCCGUCAAAACCAGCUCCCCCAAACAACCCAAAACCAGCAGCAUCCCACAGCCGAAGCUCAAUACAACCCCAACGAAGAGCAUCCUAAAAUCGCUGAGUCCCAGAAAUCUGCACAGUUCAGGUUACAAGAGCUCCAAGAAGUGUCUGAUUGCUGAGACGAGUCAGGAGCCUCGUGCCAUCCCCAAAUACUGUAUCUACCCGUCCCUGGUUGGCUGCUCCGCUCCUGUGGAGGCGGUGCUGCCUCAAAUCGCCUCCUCCAUGUGGUCUCGUGGUUUCGGGCAGCUCAUUCGAGCCAGAAACAUCAAGACGGUGGGCGACCUCAGCGCUCUGACCCCCACCGAGGUCAGGACUCUGCCCAUUUGCCCACCGAAGAUGACCAACGUGCAGAAUGCUCUGGCCAUCUACGAGCAGCAGAGGAAAGGACGAGGAGGAGAUGAGCUGAAGAGCUUCGAUGAAACGGAGAUGAUGACCUCGGAGCAGGAGGAGACCGGAGCUCCUCAAGCCCCAGAGGAGGAAGAGGAGGAGGAGGAGGAGAAGACCUCAGGAGAGACGCUCGCCACAGAGCUGGUGGACGAGCCCGGGCCUACAGACCUGAAACCGGAGCGGACCACCUCGACGACCCAGAUCCCCGACGGAGAGCAGAGGCCGGACGGGCUGUCGUCAGCAGUGGAGGCUCUGACCUGCAGGGCGACGCCGCUGGAGCUCAGCCGCUGCUCGCCGCAGCAGCUCAUUGAUAUUCACUAUCAGCUGGGAGACUUGAUGAGGAGCGUGGCGUUGGAGCUGCAGGCCCGCUUCUGCAGCCAGGACCCCAAAAUCCAGGCACCGGGUCUGUGAAUGGAAGAUUCAGUUUCAACUGUGGAUCUGUGGACUUCCUUUAGCCUUACGGGACUCGUUUUAAUUCAUUUUUAGCAACUCGUUUUCCUCCAGUUCUAGUUUGGGCUGUAAGCUGACAUCAUUUUAAGAAUUCAAAGGGAAAUGCAAUGGCCAUCAUCUUCUCUGUACAUAUGAAGUAAUGCUCUUCCUCAGUGCGCCUCUUUUCAGGCCGUUUACAGCCUUCUGCUCAUGUACAUGUUGUAGUAUUUUUUUAGUUGUUUUUUUUCUUCUAAUUUGUCUCAUUUUACCGUCUGCUUUUUUUUUCUGAAACAGACUGUAGCACACGGGUUUUAUUUGUGGUUUUAAAUACUUUAAUAAAACAACUGAUGACUUUUAAGACCCUUUUCCUCCAGAACUGCCUUAGUUCCUGGUGUGAUAAAUGGAAGCAGGUGGUGGAAACCUUCCUCAGAGGUUUU